GCAACUGUUUUUACUGUCACAUGACCCACUUCCUUAUCCCGGGCCAGACAAAGCAAAAAUGUAAGGAUCGGACAGUGUCGUGAUGGACAACCGGCCCCUUGACGCGCCAGUUAACAGCGCGGGAACAUCUGCAGCGUGAUCGCGAGGGUAAAGUGUCGGCAAAGAGAACAACAAACAGAGAUGGAUCCUUCAGAGGUCGAGUUCCUCGCUGAGAAGGAGACGGUGAAGAUAAUCCCAAACUUCAGCCUGGACAAGAUCUAUUUGAUCGGGGGCGACCUGGGCCCCUUCAACCCUGGACUGCCAGUCGACGUCCCUGUGUGGCUGGCUCUGAACCUGAAACAGAGACAGAAAUGCAGGAUUGUUCCUCCUGAGUGGAUGGAUGUUGAGAAACUGGAGGAGAUGCGAGAGCUUGAGAGGAAAGAGGACAUGUUUACGCCUGUUCCAAGUCCGUACUACAUGGAGUUGACCAAACUGCUAUUGAACCAUGCAUCUGACAAUAUUCCCAAAGCGGAUGACAUCCGCACGCUGGUCAAAGACAUCUGGGACACGCGUAUUGCCAAACUCCGCCUGUCCGCCGACAGCUUCAUCAGUCAGCAGGAGGCUCACGCCAAGCUGGACAACCUGACUCUGAUGGAGAUCAACACCAUUCGAUCGUUUCUUCUCGACUCUCUCAACUGCAUGUACAAACUACGUUCCAAUCUGCAGCCUGGUUCCAGUAAAGGACAGGCCAUGGACUAUUGAUGCUCUCGCUCAGAGCCUCCUGAACAGGUUCGGAUAAUGUCCCAAGAAUUUGGGAAGGGGGGGUAAAGCCUUGGACUGGUGCACCUUUUGAGUGAGGAACAGAAGAAACCAGAGGAGUUUUACUCAGCAUUUUUUUAUACUUCUCCUGAGAGAAGUGUGUUAAUCUGUACAUAUUUAAAAGCUUAUAAGCUUCAUGUCUCUGCCGUUUGCGAUGUGCAUAUUUAAUUUGAUUUAAUUUAGGACGCUCAUAGUUGUUUACAAUGGCUACGACACAUUUGUAUGUUCCAAUAUGUAACAAAAUAAAAGUAUCAGUGUGUA